AAGUCACAUUUUGCGCUAUGAGCGACCCUUUUGCCAUCGGUAGGAAUGCCAAGGUCAAAGAGGCACGGACCCGUUCCGACUAUGACGAGUUCCAGUGGCACUUGUUCUAUAAGAUAACUAAGGGCGAAGUGGAUGCGCUUCCCCAGGAUGAAUGUUAUUAUCAUUUCAAGACAAUACCAGAGCAGAAAAUGGAACAGAUAUUAGCUAGCACGCAAAGCAAGCUACGUGAGAAAUCCAUCCCUGAGAUUAAACAAGAUGUGUUCGAUUGGCGUGUGGCGCGGCUGAUCCAUGAGCGACGAAAGUGUCGCGACAAUGAGGGCAAGUCGCAGCCAACCACAUCUUAGGCUAUUAGGUGGGUACGGGUUCCAUCAGUGGAGGAGGUACGUACAUACAUACAAGGAUGCAGGCCAGUGAAGGGAGAAGCGUGCUUGAUG